AUGAACCUCACGCGCCACCUCUUCUCGUCUCUCCCAACCUCCAAACCUCUCACCAACACGUCCUCAAUCUCCGCUCUGACCCACCGCCUCUUCUCCCUCCCUCCGAUCCCCGCAUCGCCCUCAUCCUCACACUCCUCCCUCUCUUCAUUCCUCGACUACGCAGCCCGGACCUCCCUCCCCGAAUCGACAACGACCUACCAAGGAACCCUCUACGAAUACACUGUUCAGAAACACCUCCGCACCUCCGCGUUCUUACUGCACCGCGUUGGCGGCCGCUCAGAUCUCGGCGUCGACCUCACAGGGACGUGGCAUGUCGGUAGCAACCCGGUGACGGAUCCGCCGGUACGAGUGGUUGUACAGUGUAAGGGGUUGAAGGCGAAGCUUGGGCCAAAUGUUGUGAGGGAGGUGGAGGGGGUUGCGGGAAGGUUUAUUGGACCGAGAUCUAAAUCUGCUGGUCCUGAGGGAGGAGGAGGGUAUGCGGGGGUGGUUGUUAGUCCGCGAGAGGCGACGAGGGGGGUGCGAGAGGCGCUUGGAAGAAGCCGCAUGCCGCUUGUUUGGUUGAUGGUUGGGUGGGAUGGGGUGUUGCGGCAGGCUCUUUGGAAUGCGAGGGUUGAGAGCUUGGGUGGGGGGCUUGGUGGGCUGGGUGUUGAGACGGUUUACCGGGCAGCUCUUGGUUCUGGGAGGGCGUCUAUCUCGGAUUCGGCAUCGGCAUGUGGUGGAAACGGGCAGAGGCAAGAGGUUAGAUUAACGUGGGAAGGGAAAGAGGUGAAGACGAUGGACGAGGUUGAACACGGGAUGGAACGCAUGACAGAGGAGUGGAUGGCAAAGUGGGAUGAAGAGGGACUAGGAAAUAUGUCUCUAGAGAAGAUCCUGGACGCCGUGGCGUUCGUGGCCCCGGGGACGAGGUCGAUAAUGAUCUCAAAGGAAGAGAGGGAGAUGGUCGCCAAGGCAUUGCUGUCGACCUGA